AUGGAACAUAUGAUCGUCUGGUUGCAUGUCUUCGAUAGGCGGGUACCAUUGCCCCUAUGUCAUCCCAAAGCUUGGGCACGUGACCAUGCAUUCAGUUCAGCAACCAACCAGGGCGGAUGGAAUGAUCCAGAUCUGGACCUCAUCUUUGGGCCAAUCCUUCUCGGGUACGAAAGAAAUGGAUGUCAUCAGAUGGCAGACUUCAUCCAGAUGGGUAACUAUGUGCUUGACCAUGUAGUAGCUUUUUCUGGAUUUACUGGUUUCAUAUGUCGGCUACUGGAUGACAUAAGAAUAAGAGAUUUUGAAGCCUUUGGAGACCCAUUGGUACCCAGAGACCCACUUAACAAUGUAACAUUUCAGAAGAUACCCAAUGAAGUAACAAAAUUUCAGGUGACAUUUAUACCACCAUCUGAACUCAGUGGAAAUAUUCAAGUAUAUCAAGCAAUGGUCUACAAAGAAGAUGACCCAACUAUCUUCCAAAUCUAUAAUUUAACUGUUAUCGACCGAACAAACAAGUCAGUUACUGCCCUGAUAGAGGGACUAAAAGGAGGCUAUACAUAUAAUAUCAGUGUGUAUGCACUCAAUGGUGCUGGUGCAGGGCCAAAGAUCCAACUUAAAAUCACAACAGACAUGAAAGAACCACCAAGGCCUAGUAAGAAGCCAAUGCCAGUAUAUGAUACUAGUGGAACAUUACUUGUGACUUCUACAACAAUUACUAUCCGUAUGCCAGUUUGUUACUAUAGUGAUGAUCAUGGACCCAUCAAGAAAAUACAAAUUCUAGUUGCAGAAGUAGGAGUUCAGCAUGAUGGCAAUGUAACCAAGUGGUAUGAUGCCUACUUCAAGAAACCAAGGCCCUAUUUUGUUAAUGAGGGUUUUCCAAACCCUCCAUGCAUUGAAGGAAAUGAAGGGCUGCCCAGCAAGGAAGAUGUAUAUGUAAUAGGGGCUGACAGUACAUGUAUGAUACCAGGAAGUGAAGAAAAAAUUUGUAAUGGUCCUCUAAAGCCCAGAAAGCAGUACUUAUUUAAAUUCAGAGCUACAAAUAUCAAAGGCCAGUUUACAGAUUCAGACUAUUCUGACCCCAUCAAAACUUUAGGUGAUGGACUGUCUGAAAGAGCUGUAGAAAUAAUACUUGCAGUUACUUUGUGCAUAUUGUCUGUAAUUCUUCUUGUGGCGGCAAUUUACGCUUUUGCAAGGAGUGGACAACAUCAUGAGUUUACAAAGACUGGAACACUAUCAGUGGUCUACCACCAGAAGGGAUCAAAUUCAGAGGAAACUGUUGAAUUUGUCAUCAUUGUAAACUAUCAAAAUGUAGCAUAA